ACAUUUCAAUGUAUCCGUUGUUUUGCUGACCCUGGAUCCAGCAUUGCCUCUCCGUCUAUUUUGCCUUGAUUUUUGAUCACUGUUGACGAAUAAAUUGUCAACCUGUUUUCGGUGAGCCUUCUUUAAACCAUUCAAAAUGGAGUCAGUACAAAGGGUUAACACCAGAGUGGACGCGCGAAGUUUGGCCUUUCCGGCCGACUUGCUGGGGCUGCGCCAGCAGGAUGCCUACUGGUUCGGCUGCCGCUGGAACCGAAUUCCUUCAAUACUCUGGAAAUCGUGUCUAGCACACACUUGGGGAAUGACCCAUGCAUAGCACUUUUUGGUUGCCCUCCUCUAUCACCUGUUUUAUUGGCACCAAUCGCCUUCACAACCUUACUUGCGAGACAGCUCAUUUUAUUCAAAUGGAAACAUGCACAUCCCCCAUCAUAUAAUAGUUGGCUCAAAGAGGUUCUGACUCAUUUUAAGCUAGAGAAAAUGAGAUUCUCACUCUCUGGCAGGGGAAGUACUCUCCAAAAAACCUGGCAGCCCUUUAAGAUUACGUGGAUGGACUCUCCCAAGAAAGUGACUAGAAGCCCUGCUCCCCCUCUUUCCCUUUUAUUUUGUAAAAUUUAGUUAGUUUAGUUAAUACUUAAUUUUACUUUUUGUUCAUUAUAAUUUCAAUGCUACCAAAGUAUUAUUAAACUGUGCUUUUUGUGUUUCUUUGUUUUUCUUGUAUUAUUAUUUUUAUUUUUAUUUUUAUUUUUUGUUAUUUCUUUUUUGUGUGUGUCUAGCUGUGUUUUGUUUCAUUAGUGAUGUAUGCGUGGUCUGUUUAAAGUAGAUAGAGGACCUGCUCACGAACCAGCCAAUCACAACAAUUAUGUCAAAGACUAAGCCCUUACCUUUUUUUUUUCUGAUACCAAAUGACCAUGAAUAACAUUAAUCGAAUUGUUACUUUGAGUUUGGCUGAGAUGUAUUGAUUGAGGUAACUGUUUAUAAAAAGUUCAAAUAUAAAAUGUUUACACAAAGAGAGGAGACAUGAGAGGAAUCACUCUGUCCUUGCAGGAAAACGGAGAGGCACUGUUUAAGUUACUAGCUGGCUUGAGUGUGGAAACUGAGAAGUGCAGCAGAUAAAAACUGGGAUAAACAGAAAGUGUCAGAGAUCAGGGAAUAAAAUGGGAACUUGUGAAAAGUUUAUUGUGAAAUGGCAGAGGAGAGUACAAUAAGUUAAGACUCGGGAUGGGUGAGAUGAUCAGGUGAUCGACGUCAGUGGCCAGUCCUAUGCCGAAGCAGUCGCUUGGACUGCCGGCCAACGAGUGACAGGAGGGGAGGGUCCUCAUUCUCCCACCACCCCCUCCUGCACUGCAAAAACUAGCGACCACCACCAAUCUGGCGGAGGGAUUUUGGAAGAUAGGAAUUUAGGAACACGUCCGGAACUGAAGAAGCUGAAAGAGCACCAGUUGGAGACGAGGAUAAAAACGUGUGGAACAAAACAAUAAAAGGAUUUAGAAAUGGCCUCUCAUAGUCCUUUGUUUGCUCUGCUUCCUCAGGUGGUCCAGGAAGCAGCGAGUGAAUGUCUCGACACCAUGGGGUCUGCACAUACUCGAUGCUCACCACCUCCAACACGGUGGGGGGGUCCUUACACUGACAUGAUGUGCUUGACAAAGGCUGCAUGUUGAAGAUCAGGACACAGGGAGGACACAAAAGAAGAAUUUAAAUAGGCCCAGACAGCACAUCUGGUUUUGGAAGAUGGCACCCAGAUGAAAGGGGUUUCCUUUGGUUAUGAUGCUUCUGUAGCUGGGGAACUCGUCUUCAAUACAGGUCUUGUUGGAUAUCCUGAGGCCUUGACUGACCCCAGUUACAGAGGGCAAAUCCUGACUUUAACAUACCCGAUUGUGGGGAACUAUGGUGUACCAAACACUCAAGAGCAGGACGAACUUGGACUGAGAAAACAUGUGGAGUCGGAUGGCAUCCAGGUAUCUGGUCUUCUUGUUCAAAACUACAGUCAUGAGUACAGCCACUGGAAUUCUGUUAAGUCUCUUGGUCAAUGGCUACAAGAAGAGAAGGUUCCUGCACUCUUUGGGAUAGACACCAGAAUGUUGACCAAGAUUAUCAGAGAUAAGGGCACUGUUCUUGGAAAGAUUCAGUUUGAUGGGCAACCUGUUGAAAUAUUAGACCCCAACCAAAAAAAUCUGAUAGCGGAGGUCUCAACAAAAGAAUCCAGAGUUUUUGGAAAAGGAAACCCUGUCAAAGUGGUUGCAGUUGAUUGUGGCAUUAAGCAUAACAUAAUUCGUCUGCUUGUUAAGCGGGGUGCAGAAGUUCACUUAGUACCAUGGGACCAGGACUUGCUGAGUCUAGACUAUGACGGCCUGUUUAUCUCCAAUGGACCAGGAGAUCCUUCGCUUGCUGAGGCACUCAUCCACAAUGUCCGCAAGGUGUUGGAGAGCAAUCGCCCCCAGCCAGUGUUUGGUAUCUGUAUGGGAAAUCAGAUCACUGCUCUUGCUGCUGGGGCGAAGUCUUAUAAACUACCAAUGGGCAACAGAGGUCAGAACCAGCCGGUUCUGAAUGUGAUGACAGGCCAGGCAUUCAUUACUGCACAGAAUCAUGGCUACGGCAUAGAUAGCGAGUCCCUGCCCCCAGGGUGGAGCCCGCUUUUCAUCAACGCCAAUGAUGGCACAAAUGAGGGCAUCAUGCACAACACUAAACCUGUUUUCACAGCUCAGUUCCACCCAGAGGCUAAAGGCGGCCCCACUGACACAGAGUUCCUUUUUGACACCUUUAUAGCCCUGAUAAAAAAGGGAAAAGAUUCCAACAUAGUUUCAGUAAUGCCAAAGAAACCUUGCAUCCCUCCUAGAGUGCAGGUUUCAAAGGUGCUGGUGCUGGGUUCUGGAGGCCUGUCGAUUGGUCAGGCUGGAGAGUUUGACUACUCUGGAUCACAGGCUGUCAAAGCGAUGAAGGAAGAGAAUCUGAAGACCGUGCUGAUGAACCCCAACAUAGCUUCAGUCCAGACCAACGAAGUUGGCACCAAGCAGGCUGAUUCGGUGUACUUUUUGCCUGUCACACCGCAAUUUGUUACAGAUGUAAUUAAGGCUGAGCGUCCUGAUGGCAUCUUGCUUUCCAUGGGUGGGCAGACCGCCCUCAACUGUGGGGUAGAAUUGUUUCAGCAGGGUGUUUUGAAGCAGUACGGAGUGAAAGUUCUCGGAACGCCCGUAGAGUCCAUCAUGGCCACAGAGGACAGGCAGAUAUUUGCUGAAAAACUCAAGGAAAUCGAUGAAAAGAUAGCCCCCAGUAUGGCUGUGGAGUCUGUGUGUAAUGCCUUGAAAGCUGCAAAACAGAUCGGCUAUCCGGUAAUGCUGCGAUCAGCGUAUGCUUUGGGAGGCCUGGGCUCAGGUCUGUGUGCCGACAAGGAAAAACUGGAGGAAACUGCAAACAAGGCUUUGGCCAUGAGCAGUCAGAUUCUGGUGGAGAAGUCGUUGCUUGGUUGGAAGGAAGUAGAGUAUGAGGUGGUGAGAGAUGUUGCUGAUAAUUGUGUCACCGUUUGCAACAUGGAAAACUUUGACCCACUGGGCAUUCACACUGGUGACUCCAUUGUUGUGGCCCCAAGCCAGACGUUGUCCAAUGAGGAGUACCACAUGCUUCGUGAAACGGCCAUCAAAGUGGUUCGCCAUCUGGGUAUUGUUGGUGAAUGUAACAUCCAGUAUGCUCUCCACCCGACAUCUCUUGAAUAUUGCAUUAUUGAGGUUAAUGCUCGGCUCUCAAGAAGCUCAGCUCUUGCGUCCAAAGCCACUGGAUACCCCUUGGCAUUUGUAGCAGCUAAGUUGGCUCUUGGGAUCCCCUUGCCUGAGAUCAAGAAUUCUGUAUCUGAAAAAACUACAGCCUGCUUUGAGCCUAGUUUAGACUACAUCGUGACCAAGAUCCCCCGCUGGGACUUGGACCGCUUUCAGGGGAUGUCAAGCGAAAUAGGCAGUGCGAUGAAGAGUGUUGGAGAGGUGAUGGCAGUGGGGCGUACAUUUGAGGAGAGCAUGCAGAAGGCCUUGAGGAUGUGUCAUCCAUCAGUGGAUGGCUUUGUGCCCCGAUUGCCUCUCAAAAAGGCCUGGACAAACACUCACAACUUGCAACAGGAGCUUGCUGUGCCCUCCAGCACCAGAAUUUUCUCCAUUGCCAAGGCUCUUCACAGUGGUAUGAGUAUAGCUGAGAUCCAUCAGUUGACAGCCAUUGAUAUGUGGUUCCUGCAUAAACUCCAAAGGAUAGUACAACUGGAGCAGCACCUUGCAAAUUAUACAAGUCUUUCAGUGUCCAAGGGCCUGCUUCUUAGAGCAAAGCAAGAAGGCUUUUCAGACCGACAGAUUGGUCUAAUUUUGGGCACCAAUGAGCGAGCAGCUAGACAGAUGAGACUCAGUCAUGGUCUUAGACCAUGGGUCAAACAGAUUGACACACUGGCAGCAGAGUAUCCUGCUAAAACCAAUUAUUUGUAUUGCACCUAUCACGGUCAGGAGCAUGAUGUGGACUUUCAAGACUCAACAGAGUCAAUUAUGGUUCUUGGUUGUGGGCCGUAUCACAUUGGCAGUAGUGUUGAGUUCGACUGGUGCGCAGUGUCAAGCAUUAGAGCCUUGAGACAAAUUGGCAGGAAGACAGUGGUGGUCAACCAUAACCCUGAGACAGUGAGCACUGAUUUCGAUGAGUGCGACCGCCUGUACUUUGAGGAGUUGACCCUGGAGCGCAUCUUGGACAUCACACAGCAGGAGGAUUGCAGUGGCACCAUUGUGUCUGUGGGAGGUCAGAUACCCAACAAUCUUGCAGUUCCUUUACACCUGAAUGGGGUAAACAUUUUGGGCACAAGUCCCCUACAGAUUGACCGAGCUGAGGAGCGCUCUGUUUUCUCCAGAAUCUUAGAUGACCUUGGUGUAGCUCAAGCCCCGUGGAAAGCUCUCAGUUCUCUGGAAGAUGCAUUUGCCUUCGCUAACCGGGUUGGCUAUCCCUGCCUACUGCGUCCAUCCUAUGUUCUCAGUGGCUCGGCAAUGAACGUCGCACAUGGAGAGGAUGAGAUGAAGCGCUUUUUGAAGGAGGCCACCCAGGUGUCCCAGGAGCAUCCGGUGGUGAUAACCAAAUUUAUUUGUGGUGCUCGAGAGGUGGAAGUGGAUGCUGUUGCUAGUAAAGGGAAGGUACUGGUCCAUGCGAUAACAGAGCAUGUAGAAGAUGCCGGAGUACAUUCAGGAGACGCUACCUUAAUGCUGCCAACACAGACCAUUAGCCAAGGUUCCUUAGAAAAGGUCAAAAUGGUGACCCGGAAGAUAGCUCAAGCAUUUGAAAUAUCAGGCCCAUUUAACACUCAGUUUUUGGUUAAAGGAAACAAUGUCAUGGUGAUAGAAUGUAAUCUGCGGGCAUCACGUUCAUUCCCCUUUGUAUCGAAAACAAUUGGUGUGGACUUCAUAAAUGUAGCCACCAAAGUGAUGGUUGGAGAGGAUGUGGACGAGGCCAAACUGCCCACGCUAGAGCGACCCAUUGUUCCUGUAGACUACGUGGGAAUUAAGGCACCCAUGUUCUCUUGGCCGCGCCUGAGGGAAGCAGAUCCUGUACUUCGUUGUGAGAUGGCUUCAACAGGAGAAGUUGCCUGUUUUGGACCAAAUAUUUAUUCAGCCUUUCUGAAGGCUAUGCUUUCCACAGGCUUUAAGCUGCCACAAAAUGGCAUCCUAAUUGGGAUUCAGCAUUCUUUCCGACCGAAUUUCCUGGCUACAGCCCAUCAACUGAAAGAGGAUGGCUUCAAGCUCUAUGCUACUGAAUCCACCUCAGCUUGGCUUUGCGCCAACGAUGUGCCAGCAACUCCAGUAGCCUGGCCAACCAAAGGACAGAGCAGUUUGCCCAGUAUUAAGAGCUUGAUCAGUGAGGGUCAUAUUGACCUGGUGGUGAACUUGCCUACUAACAACACACGCCACUUGAAGGAUAACUUCCUCAUUCGCAGAAUGGCUGUUGACUACGGCGUACCUCUGAUCACAAAUUAUCAGGUUGCAAAGCUGUUUGCCGAGGCAAUUGGCUAUGCAGGUGAGCUUGACUCCAGCAGCCUUUUCCACUACCGGCAGAGAGAAGACCAACACAGAGAAUGUGGACAUUAAUGCUAGCUGUUACUUCUGUGACCUCAACUACAUUUUCUCUUAAAGUGAGCAAACUUCUGUCUUAGUGAAACCGGUUUUCCAAUAGCUCCAUCAAGGUAAAAAAAAUGCAGCAGCAUUCAGCUUGUCACUAUCUUUUUGGAUCAACAUUGUAUUUUUUCUUGUAUUUCUUCUUAACAUUUUCUUGCUGCAUCAAGAUGCAUUUCAAAAAGCUAUGUAAGGCUAAAUUUUAAUUUGUGUUCAUCCCCAUAUAAGGAGAACCAGUUCUAAUAUGUGGUGAUGAAUGCAGUUUUACCUUGACUUUA